GUUUGCUAAACAGCGCCUCUUCGUGGACAAAAAGACCCCAAACCGUCAGAAUUAAAUAACUCGUAUAAGAGUUUCUUGUUAUUUUGCUACAAUGUGAGACAGGCGACGGACACGACACAAGUCAAAUGAUAAAUAUUUCGGUUAUAGCCAAAUAAAGGCUCCUUGUUCUGACGCAGAUACGGUGAUGCUGUGCUAGCAGAUGCAGCUAUCGUUAGUUGGCUAGCUAGCUGACAGGAGCAGCAUGGAGUGACUGCGUUGAGAGGGAAAAACGCCAAAUCAUUUUCUGUUGUGACAGAGUUCAUGUUAGCCACCCGAGCAGUUGCGGUGGGUUUUACUCUAAUAACUGUGGCCAAAACGAUGACCUCCGUAGCAGCGACGACAUCUACUGAGCCUCGGGGGCUGCAUGCAUCAGCCAGCCGGGAUGCGCGCUCCGGGAGCCCGCGCCAGAGGCUCCAGAAGCUGCUGGCGGUGCCUGGAUACGCGCCGAACCGAGUGAACGACCUGCUGCUCCUCCGGCCUGAAACAGACGGUCAGACAGCCUCAGGGCCAAAGGAGAAGAGCAGUAACAAGCAUGUGGUGUUUUUCCACGGGGAUAUUCAGAACUUCCAGGAGCAGAUGGCUCUGCAGCCUGAGGGAUCCCAGUGGCUCUGCUGGAGUCUGGAACAGGUCGCGUUCACCCUUGGCCGCCGUUUCCCUGACCGACAUGUUUGGGUGGUUAGAGCCUCCCGCAUGUAUCUCCACAAGUUCAGCUGCUACCACAACUUUGUGGAGAGCAACAUGUUCGGGGCACCGGAGCACUCGCCGUACUCGCCCGGCUUUGGAGCGUUUCGCCACCUCAGGGCCCUGCUGAGCCACGGCAUGGAGCGAGCCGACCUACCAAACCCCCUCCAGCCACAAGGAGGCGCUGACGGCAUCCCCUCAGGGUUUUCCCUCGCGCUGGUGGGCUUCAGCAAAGGCUGCGUGGUCCUGAACCAGCUGGUGUACGAGCUGUCCGGGGCCCGCGCGGACCCGCAGCUGUCUCACUUCGUUAAACGCGUCACGGACAUGUACUGGCUGGACGGCGGCCACCCGGGGGGCAGUGAGACCUGGGUGACGGACAAGCAGGUGUUGAAGGAACUCGCCUCCGGCGGCGUGUCGAUUCACGCCCACGUGACCCCUUACGAGGUGUGUGACCCGAUGCGGGCCUGGGUGGGCCGCGAGUACGGAUACUUCAUUAAGACCCUGGAGGAGUUCGGUGUCUGCCCAAGCAAGAAGCUGCACUUUGAGGACGAGCCCCCCUCCAUCGACAACCACUUCAGGGUCAUCCAGGAGUUCUGAGUUUGGUUUAGGCUGGUGGUGAGCUGAUUAUCUGAACGUCACUGAGCGCUUUAAAUAAUUUAUUAAGAAAACAGAUUGAGUGUCUUAUUUGCUGGUCUUACCUCAUUCUUCUAUGUUUGAAGGGCUCAGAAUUGAGAGCAUGUGACAGAUGCUGGUUUGCUGUUCUUUUUACCGCUAAAAGCACUUGAUCCGAGUCUGAAUGACCCAGGGGUCUUUCCCCUGCUCCCCGUGGCCCUGAGUGGGAAUAUGCAGGUAUGAAAAUGGUCUUCCUUCUUCACUCUUCAGGCUAAACGUGACCUUUUACGUUUGAUUCAGGCUGAAGCUUUUAGUUGCUGCAGAGCCGUCGAUUUGGAAACAUGAGUGAUUCAUGUUGUUUCAGUCGGUUUGUGUUAAUGAUGGAAAUGAAUUAAUUUAAGAUUAUUUUAUUCUGCCAUGAUUUUAAACUUAAUGUGUGUUUGGCUGCAGCUGAGUAACUUAUUACAUUCUCUUUAUACCUGCACUUGUGUUGAGCUACUUUUAGACCCGUGAAUGUCUGAAUGUCUGAACGUUUAACUCUCAGACGUCAUCAGUUGGUCUCUCAGUCGUGAUUCUUGAUUGUAUUUAAAACUGCGGCUAAUGAAUGAACGACUGCUCGGUCAGAAAGUUGGUGCCUUUUCCACCAACAGUUCCUCAGACCUUUUCUGAUCAAAUGUCACAUGACUGCACUCUUGGAGGUGGAGGCGCAGCGUCACCUCAAGGUCGAUCACAUCACCUGAUCUUUUAAGCUGCUGGUGAAGAUCAUGUGGACCUCGAGGUGAGAUUUUCAAGUUUAAGAACGAAGUGUUGAACUCAUUACCAGCUAUUAGCUCAUUUCAUGAUUAACUUUUCUUGUUAUUACACUUUUUUUUUUAAUUGCUCAUAAUUUGCCGGUUUUGAUUGGAAUAUUUUUGUGUUGAAAAUAUACCAAAUUACCUUUUUUUUUUCCUUGGUGGAAAAAGUUGGAAAAAUAUCUUAACGAGGAGGUGCGUCUUUGUUUUAAGUUAUUUGUUCCUCAUGGCCGAAAUAUGUUCUAUAUACUGUAUUUUUUUUAUUGCAAUAUGUAAAAAUACACAUACUUGCUAGUUUAUGGGAAUGUGGCGGCAUGUGUGUUAAUCAGUGAUGUAUUAAUCUCUAUGUAAUCUUACAUAGCGUCUUUGCACUAUGCUGAUGGCUGUAACUCAUUCUGCUGAAUGUAACUUCAGAUCAUUCCAUUAUGUUUACUACUUGCUGUAUGUUGUGCAGUUUAAAAACCAUGUAAGCCUACAAAGAGGCAGAGAAGAUUAACUUUUUUAAAAGGUGUUUAGCAAGUGCACAGCCAAGAUAACAUGUAUCAUUUUGAGUCGUCUGCUUGCUAAUUGAAUAUACACUGCCACCAUGCUAUUUUGUCCUGUUGAAGGUUAGCCUAGCCAGUGAUGGAGAGGAUGCAGCUUGUCGAGUGUUCACAGAGAGCGGUUUGUUUCAGCUCUCUUGAAUCAGCAGGUGGCAGCAGUGCGGAGUGAGUACAGAGUCUGUUCUGCACUGGAUUGUCUCAAGACAACAAAAACAAGACACCGAACACUCAGUCAGAUAUUUUCUACAACCUUUAAUGAGCUUUUUCAGUUUGCUUUGUGAUGCUUACAUAUUAGCCUGCAGCUGAUCAGAAUACAAUACAGAUUAUGUCUUUUUUUUUUUUUUUAGUCAUUUCAGAUGCAAUCAGAAUGCUCAUAUAUUAAAAAAUAUAUAAAAUGCAAAAUAAACAUCCAUCUGUUGAACAUUUAUUUGCUUGUGCUUGUGGCUGGUUUGACUACAGUAUCCUUCAGUCUCACAACAAACAGGAAUGCUGGGUGACAUCAGUCGCCUGAUGUCACCGGUGCUCCACUUCUGGAGGACGACGGCCUGAAUGCCAGCU